AUGUCUGAAAACGUUCCAACUCCGAUUCUCGUGCACGAUCCCGAGAUGCUCAAAAGAUUACUUCUGGGCAGCGAUGACGACAGUUUUCUGGAUUCUGAUGACGAUAAGAGCGAAGACAGCCAGGAGACUCCGGGAACCAGCACUGACGACGCGCGCGAGGAACAUAAAAAGAGCACGAGAGGAUCAACUACAAGGCGUGACGUCACCAUGGACCUAUUCCACGAUGAUGUGCUGACCGAUAAAGCCAAAGUUCAAUUGGCUAUUCUGGCGGAAACCGACCCGAAAACCAGAGCUCUUCUCGAGGAAAUGGUUAGUUUUUUUGAGUUUGGAAUUGGAAAAAUGUGCACACAAUGCAAAUCACAUGCGAUUUUCUGACUUUCAAGUGUCGGAGUAAGCAAAAAGCGCUCCCGAAAUAAUAGAAUCAUCAUUACAUUUUGAAAAAGCUCUCCCUGACACGCCAAGCCAGCAGAAAUUCUCUAUUUAGACCCCUGUAAACAGGAAUUGGAGGCGUAAACAUGUUUUCGAGCACGCGAUACACCAACAUUUAAAAAAAUGUAGAGAAAAUUGGGAGCAUUAUUUUGGUGCUAUUAUGCAGACUCGCCGCAGAGAUCGCAUGUUUGGGCUGAAAACGGCUGAAAACAGAAAUCUCACUUACAAAGCACAAACAUGUUUUCAUUUUCAGUACGAUGACACGCCACAGCAUGAGUGUGUCUACCCGCCGGUCCACAACCCGAACUCGAUACUCAUUCCCACCGGACGUCUGGCCAGAUGUCAGUGCUCUCCGAACUGCGACAUGGAACUGAAUGAGCCAGAGUACAAGGUGAUGGAUUCGAAGGAGGACCGUGCGCGUUGGGAUCCGGACUACGAGGAGAACAAGAAGGGAAAGAGCAACAAGAGACAACAGAAAAAGAAGAACAAGUAG